AUGCACGGAUUUCUGGUUCUUCUCCAUCUUGUUCUCAUAGCGCUAAGCAUUUCCGGCGUCGAGCACCACCUUGUCACGUCUGAGAACGGUGCGUGGAUUCCGGUAUUGGGCGCAUCGACACAGGCCUUUUAUGCGCUGUAUUGCACAAUACUUGUUUACCUGGUACAACGCCUGACACUCUACCGGAACUUGAUUCAGCAUCAGCAAUUGACCAUUCUCCACGACAAUGUUAACGCAUGGAGCGGCCUUGGUUCUGCACUGCAGUGUCUCUGGCAGCAGUCAAGCACUACCGGAUCGUCGUGGUGGAUCGUGUCUAUCACUACGUAUCUGGCAUGUGUAUUUGCGCUUCAUGUGGCUUCAUCAUCCAUAUUGCAGUCACAAACAUUCAGCACAACCAUAAAUAUGUCGGCAACAACGGUUUCUCAUUGGCCUGGUCCAAAUGUCGACAUGAUGGGGCUUCAUUGGUCUACCGUUAGCGCCAUUGUUCCCUCUCUGAGUCAAUUCUCCAGUUUGUUGAAUGUGGGACUUGAUGGUGCUACACUAUACGAUAUUAUCCAAGCAGAUGGCGCCACUGGAAACGCUACUGUAGAUGCAACUACUUUCCGAGCGGAGUGUGGGUUAGUCCGUAACUCUGAAUUGAGCUACACUCCGAGGCUGAAUGCCAAUCAAUUCGGAGAAUAUGUGGUCGGGCCUGAAGUUUCAGGCCUCAAUUAUACCAAGAAAUGGCCCGCCAGGUUCGUACCUCCCUAUCAGGAUCAGCUGGUGACCGCUGUGGACAUGUCUAGUAAUUUUCCGGGACCCACCAUUGCAUUCAUGAUUUCUACAUCCAUCGACGUGGGUAAUUCAAUGAAAUCGGACACCGUUCAGCAUAUGAAUUGGGAAUACCAACAAGUCCCACUGUUUGACAGUCCCCAAGCUCCGAUCCUUUCAAGUGUGCUUGAUGUUCACGUGGUAGCUUGCAACAUAUAUGUUGAGCACCAUACGGCAAUAGUCAAUGUGGAAACAAAUAAUUUACUAGCACUCUUCCCGCCCCCAGCUCUAACUCCUCCUUUGGACUGGGAGCGGUGGACAGCACCUAAAGGUGACAAUAAAUGGGAUAUCUGGUCACCGCCAGGAACAGGUCAGACUAAUAGUUGGUAUUCUAAAUGGUUUUUAUCUGCAUUCAGAAAUGGAGCUACACCCCCCGUGAAGAUUUGUAUGACUGAAAGUCAAGCGACCUGCCGCGGAAUAUCUUUUAUCGAGCUGUAUCUUAUGAAGGAAAUUGGUUUAAAUGUAGUAUUGGACGACCAAGCCACCAGGCCACCACCUCCAUCUGGUCCGAAGCAGGUUCUCUGUAGUCGUCGUCAUUUCGAAUCAAGUCUCUCUAAGAUCUUCGCUUCGCUGAUGUGGACGGACUUGAAAUACGACGAGGCAGGUGCAAAACUCGGUUCCGAUGCUGGUGGCUUUGACCCAACACCAGGCAGCACUGUGGUUUCUCAGCAAGUUAUAAAAUGGCAUCUCAACAUCAACACGUGGCCUUUGGCAGUUGCGUUGACCGCUUCGUUGACCAUGUUGAUCCUUUCGACCUGCAUGUCAAGGGGCAUACAUCGGCAGAAACACAGCACACUCAUAAAUAGUGCUGGUGUUCUCCAGAUCAUCUGGCUGACAAAACGUCUCCGCGUGCUGAAAGACCUCAUGAGUGAGGUAGCCGAUCCAAGCGAAGACGCUCUCCGUUCUGCAGGGAUGUUGGAAGUAGAUCUGUUACAAGAGCUAAACAAGCAGGAACUAAUUUCCCGCUCCCCCGAUCAGUAG